AUGUUUGACUCUGAUAAGGAUGGAGCAAUUAAUUUCCAUGAGUUUUCUGCACUUUGGAAUUAUAUCAAUCAGUGGACUCAUUGCUUCCGUUCUUUUGAUAAAGACUCGUCAGGAAACAUUGAUAAAAAUGAGCUUUCUAUGGCCCUUACACAGUUCGGUUACACGUUAAGUUCAACCUUUGUUGAUUUACUCAUGCUAAAGUUUGACCGUUCUCACACGCAUAGGGUCAAUUUUGAUGACUUUAUCCAGUUGUGUGUUGUGCUACAAACAUUAACAGCUUCAUUCAGAGAUAAAGACUUGGAUCGAGAUGGAAUUAUAACGAUUGGUUACGAAGAAUUUCUCACAAUGGUAUUCACUUGUAACAUAUGA